AUGGUCGCCAUCUGCAACCCGUCGACCAAGACGCUGGCCACGGUGGCCAAGUUUAUCGGCUACAUCUCGUCGCGCAACUACCAGCCGCUGCCGGGCUUCUUCGCGCCCAACGCGACGUGGUUCACCCUGGGCUCGCCCGUGUUCCCCGGUGACGUGGGCGGCGCGGUGCCGGCGUCGACGUACCUGUCGACGCUGCCCAACGCGGGCAUCUUCGACGACUACUCGAUCGACAUUCAGAACACGGUCGUCGAGGGCUACCAGGCUAACGUCGAGGUGCGCAUCAUCGGCGACCUCGGCGACCUGCACUGGGUCAACAACGCCUCGUACACCUUCCACCUCAACACCGACUUCAAGAUCACCCUGCUCGACUUCUACACGGACCGCAUCGCCGUCAACUGGCUGGUGAAGUAUCUGGCCGACCAUGCCAACUCUACCUCGUCCAAGGUCAAGCGCCAUUAA